UUAGCAAUUGAGAAUGUGCCGCUCUCCCAAGGCCCAGCAGCCAUCCAUUGCUGGUGCCUCAGCUGGGAGACUUGAUCCGGUCCCCGCCCAUGCUGAGAGUUGAGCUGCUCUGGUCUCUUGCCAGUCUUACGCUUGCAGUCACAGCAUCUUCGAGGUACUUGCGACCCUGUCAUGUCUGGCAAACUGAUUGAUAACGCACAUGCUCUCAAUCUCACUGCCUGCUUCCUACUGAGAAGCACCCCACCAGGCCUCCCCAGAGGCCCUGCCUCUUAAAAGCUCCCACCAUCUCUUUAGUUCACACUGAGAGCUAAACUUUCUGCAUACUGCCUUUUUACCCAGGAGCCCCACCCAAACCCUAGCACACACUCAGCCAAGGAAGCCAGGCAUGAUGGCAGAAGCUUCAGACUCCUGCCAAAGCAAUUACAUAUCGUACUUCAUUCCACACUGCCAAGGGCAGUGGUGGGGACCCCCCUGGGGCCUCCCCAGGACUCCUUCCUCUCAGCAAGCAUGCACAACACAAAUCUAGUGUAGAUGACUAGCACCACACUGAGCCACCCAGAUAAGGGUUUGUUGUGUGUGUUUGACAGAGGCUGCUCUUGAACUUGCAACAGUCCUCUGUUGCCAUAUUUUUUUAAAACUCCUAUUUACAUUUCUUAUAUCUCCUCUUCCUGCUCUACCCCAAUCCCUUCCAACACUACACCACCAGUUUAGAGAGAGAAAGAGCUAGUGGGAGAGGGGACAGUUCUUUCAGCUGCUCCCUGCUGGUUAGGGUCCUCGGGUUCCUUGAGCCAGUCCCCAGUUUUCGCGUCACUACAUCAGCAGCAAGCAGGAGCAGCCUUGUUCUUUCUCAUAGCUCCCCAGCACUCCCUGGGCCCUGGCAUUUGUUCUCUCUCCCUCGGAUUUAUGCUGUCUGCAGCUGGCAGAGCUCAGAGCCCACAUGAGGCAGGUAGUCUGCUGCUGUGGACCAUCUGAAUCAUCCCACACUUGAGAUUAAAACAAUUGUGAUAAUCUGGUAAGCAGAGGUAAUUGGAGCUGCUCCUCUGGCGGCUCAGUUCUAGAUUAACUUUUAUUUCUCCUUGUUAAUAUCCACAACAGUCCUACUGACUCAGCUUCUUUGCUGCUGGAAUGACAGGCGAUUUUCACCAAACCUAGCUGACUUUGUUGUGAGCCCUUAGUGUGUCUUGGGUAAGAGGAAGCUGCUGGCUCGUGUCAUUGUGGGUCACCACUCCUCUACCACGCAUGCCAUGACGGAUCCCAGCUCCCACCACACAGGCCUGUAGCAAGCCAAGAAGAUGGGGGUAGGGAAGACAACCAAGAGGUGGACAGUAGUUACAAAGACACUUCUAGGUCUUUCUAGGUCCUUCUGUCGGGGCUGAAGAAAUGACUGGGCAGUUAAGAGCUCUUGCUCUUGGCUGAGGACCUGGUGGCUCCCUACCAUCUUUAACUUCAGUCCCAGAGGAUUGACAUACCCUCUGACUCCAACACAUGCAGGCCAGACACCCACACACAAAAACUCUCCUAGCUGCUUCAUAACUGGUAUUCCUGUAGCACUAGUUGGCCCUCAAAAGGAACUUAGCACAUCUGGUCCUGCCAAGAACAGGAGGAUGUGUGGUCCGGGUUCACUUCAGCAUUCAUAGAGCAGUGUGCAAGGACAAGGCCUGGUGCCCAGAGUGUGAUGAAAAUAAUAGCUCGUGCCUUCAGGCAAAGAUGCUUUUCAGCAACAGAAGGGUAAUGACAACAAAAAUAUCCAAGGUUAAAAGGGCGUUAAGGAGCAGAUGGUGAAGCCAGGUGCGGUGGCACAUAUCUGUGAUCCCAGCACUGUGGGAGGCAGUCAGGCAGAUCUCUGAGUUCAAGGCCAGCCUGGUCUACAAAGUGAGUCCAGGACAGCCAAGGCUACACAGAGAAACCUUGUCUUGAAAAAUAAAAAAAAAAGGAGUAGAUUAUGGGAGCCACACAGCUCCUUCCGAGCACUGGGGAAGGGGGGGUUAUCCAGUGUGGGCUAUAUAUGGGGUUGGGGGAGGCCUUUUACAUUUUUUGUGUGUGCUUGAGGUUUUCCCUGCAUGUAUGACUAUACUGCAUUCAUGCCUGGUGCCCAUGGAGGCUGAAGCUGCAUUGGAUCCCUUGGAGCCAGAGUUCGAAGUGAGCCACAACGUGGGAGUGCCGCCAAAUCCUGGUACUCAACAAGAGAUGCCAGCGCUAGCCACGGUGCUGUCUGUCCAGCCCUUGGGCAGGCUUUUCACAGUCACAGACUUAAAAUCUACCCAGCAUCAAGUUUACAGUGUGUUUUACUGUAAACAGUCCCCAUGAGCAGGCCACUGCUUGCUGUUGUCCGCUUGGCAGCCUGUCCUCUCUGGUCUGUGGAUUUGCCUGCCUGGGUUAGAUACCAGUGCGACUACACCCAUCCUUCUGUUCCUGGCAUUCUUGAUCAGCAACAACUUCUGGUGUUUUGUCUGGUCUCCGUAGCCCCUGCCGGCCUGUACUUGAUAUGUAGACAGUUUGAACUCAAUGAGAUCUACCUGCCUCUGCUUCCUGAGUGCUGAAAUUAAAGGUGAGGGCCAUCAUACCCAGAGCAGCAAGUUUUUAGCUUAUACAAGUUAGAGCCUGGAGCAGAACUUCCUUCUUUUUCAUGGUUGAGUAGUAUUUCACUGUGUGGGACAAUGUUUUGAGUGUGUCUUCCAAGGUUCUUGACCUCACAGCUCAAGCCCAAUGUGGUAAUGCUAAGGUAGUAGAACCUUUGUUUUCUGUGUGUGCAUGUGUGUUCAGCAGGUCAGACGACAACUUGUAAGAGGAGCUACUUUGCGAUCCCUGGGGAUCAAACUCAGGUCAUCAUGCUUGUCAGCAAGUGCUUUCUCCCUUGAGCCACUCUGCUGCUCAUCACCCUUUUUGAGAUAAGGUAUAGCCCAGACUGGCUCAGACUUAGCCUUCAUCCUGCGUCAGUCUCGCAGAGUUCUGGGGCGAGAAGUACACCAUCAUUUCUCCUGCUUCAGCCUUGACGUCAGUACAGUAGCUGCACAGAACUGGAGUUAGCCAAAGUUUGGGAAAUGAACGAACAAAUAAAGCAAAGAGUAGAUGCAGGUGUCCUAAAAUGGGGGGCCCUGCCCCAUGUCCCCGGAGUUUGCGGCCCAAGCUGACAUAGCUCGGAUGCAGCCACGUACCUGAAGGGCUGCCCAGUGCAGCUCACCUUAUCCUGGCAACAGAAAAAGCUGACAUGGAGGGAGAAGGACCCCAGGGUUCCCCUGCCCUGUUAUCUUCCAUCAGGGUCCCUAUUUCCCCUGCCUUGGUGACCACCACUACCCCCUUCCUUCCUGAAGGGACUCUGGCCAGCUCCAUCGUGUCAAACAUGGCUCUGGCUGGCCUUGCUCCUCUCCACCAUUCCCUCUGCCUUGCUAAAUGUUUGAUUACAUUUCUAAAGCCACUGAAGUCUAUUACAUUAUUUGGCCACUUCCUCCUCCUGGAGCUGACUAACAAGUUCCAGCUAUCAAAGUAUUGAAGUCCAGCAAUUGAGAGUCCCCUUUGGCUCACCUAAUUAAUGUGCCCAAAUAAAAUUAAACACCUCAUCCUAGCACAGGGUUUCCCCCUUUACCUGUAUAAACCGCCAUUCAUCAUGGGCCACAUCUGUCUCCUCUCCAUCCAGAGGCAGUCCCUCCUGGACAGAGAGCCCUUCUCCUUGUUCCUUUUCUCCCCUCUCCUUUGUUCCCUUUCCCUAUUCUCUUUCCCUUCCCUCUUCCUCUGUCUCCCAUCUUUGUCCCUUAUCUGUGCCCUCUGUCCCUCUGGGACAAAUAAAUCUCCUUUGUGCCGAGAAAGUGGUCUUGGGAGUCCUGGGCCCAUACUUUUUCUUUCACUUCCUGUGUCUGUCCAAAGUUUGUGAACCACAUGAGAGUGGGGGAAUUCUACUUUGACAGGCGUCUGACAGGAAGAUGUUACCCUGUGAAGGACCAUAGCCCCCAUAUAGCUCAGAGGAAGUGGGGUGGACAAAGCUAAACCAAAACAGUUCAUGUUCUCCAAGACAGUCACAUGCAAAUGAGAACCCAAAGGGCUGACACCACAUGGUCUAGUGGCUUCUGGACGCUUCUGACCUUCACCCUGGAGGCUGGGGAUCAGCCCUGAGCGAUGGAGGAUGGGAGAGGUCAAGGGAACUCCCAGCCAGUGAAAUCAGAGUACCUUGGCACACCAGGAGCCAAGUCGAAAGUCACUGCGAGAAGUCUCAGUGACACCACGGUGCGCCUGUGCACUGAGCCCCGGGCUCCCAGCUUGGGUGGAUCUACUCGGGUCCUAAGCUGCUUUCCUCCUCUGCUGGGCCUUCGGCAGCCCUGAGGCUCCUAAGCCCACAGGAUGCCAGCUCUGCCCUGGUGUUAGCUUAGAAGGAUGCAAGAGAGAAUGGGACAGGAAGCUCACAGCCAAGCCAGCUUUGCCUGUUAGGCACAGGGACACAUCACCUAGGACCCAGGGUGUGCAGAGGAGCCCCACACACACACACACAGGCAUACAUGCGCGCGCGCACACACACACACACACACACACGCAUGCACGCACACAUGCACACACGCACAUUUUAGUUCAUUUUAAAAUCAGAAGAAAAGUCAGGCAUGGACCAGGCCUGCAGCUCAGUUGGCAGGGUGCUUGCCUGUUGUGAAGGAAGCCCUGGGUGUCAUCACAGCACCAUAGAAGACAGUCACAUGUUCCCAGCACUUGGGAGGUAGAAGCAGGAAAAGCAGAGCUUCAGCAGCAUCCUUAGCUAUAGUGGAUUCUAGGCCAGCCAGGGUUCUUUGAGACCCUGUCUUAGAAAACUAAAUGAAAACCAGGAGGAGGAAGAGGAGUUGAGGGUAGAGAAGGGAGAGAGGGAGGAGAACUAGAUUAGUCCAGGUUUGCUUUCUUGCUUUGGUUUUGUUUGGACUUUGAAUUUGAGUCUCCCUAUGUAGCCCAGGCUAGUCUGGAACAAACCCCAAAUCCUUCUGCCUCAGGCUUCAUGAGCGCUGGGAUACAAACCUGAGCCAUCACACUUUCACACUGACCUAGCAGGCAACACAAGUGUAGCAUGUCAUUUCAGACGUGUUUUUGCAAAGGAAGGCGUGAUAGAACUGUGUGUGCAGUGAGCCUGUGCACUUCCACGUCUCUGUCCAACCUCGGGGUUUUUGCACAUGCUGUUUCCUGUUUACCACUGUUCCUGCACUUUAUACCUCCUUCAGUCUCUCCUGCUUGUCCCCUUUUACUUUCUGAGUGCCGUAUGAUUACUUCAGGGCUGCAGUAAGGAGCUGGGAAUGAGUUCAGCUGCAGAGUGCUUGUAGCUCAGUUGGUAGAGUGCUUGUAGCUCAAUUGGUAGAAUACUUUCAGCUCAGUUGGCAGAACGCUUGCCUAGCAAGCCUGAAGCCCUGGUUCCAUCCCCAGCAGUACAUAAUCUUGGCAUGAUGGCACAGGCCUACCAGUAUUCAGGAGGCGGAGGCAGGAGUUCCAGGUCAUCCACAGCUACAUAUUAAGUUCCAAGCCAGCCUGGGCUACAUAAAACUGUGUCUCAAAAAACCAAGAGAAUAUUGAUAUUAGGAAGGAGAGCUGCGGCUGUCUGAGGAGAUCCAUGGAGCAGGUCUCUACCUGCAGAGUAAAGUAGGUACGGAGCAAAGUCUUGGCAGGAACCAGUAUGAGCCCCAGCUGCAGACAGAAGCCUUGAGCAACAUUCUGGUCCCGCCCUGUUCACCUGCUGGAGGAAACAGGAACUGCCUGGGGCUGCCCGCCCUGCCCCUCUGACGUGCAGACCCUGAAUCGAAACCUAGGUUCUCCGGCAGCUCUUCGGAACACAGCCCAGGCUCUCCAAGGUGAGUGCCUUCCCUGGUUGCCAUGGCGGAAGGCGGGAGGCUGCCCCCACCGCUGCCCCCUCGGCUGGACUGGUUUGUGCACACCCAGGCGGACCUGCUGACCCAGUUCAGAAUCCCUGAAUGGUUCCAUGGCGCCAUCUCUCGAGAGGCAGCUGAGAAGCUGUUGGAGUCACAACCACCAGGGACCUUUCUUCUCCGAGUCAGCCACAGCCAUGUGGGCUACACCCUUUCCUACAAAGCCCAGACAUGCUGCCGUCACUUCAUGGUGAAGCUUUCAGAUGAUGGGACGUUCACCCUCGCUGGGGACCACAUGACCCACGCCUCUCUGGACGCCCUGGUCACCUUCCACCAGAAGAAGCCUAUUCGACCAUAUGGAGAGCUGUUGACCCAGGCCUGCGGGCAGGACGACCCUGCAAACGUGGACUAUGAAGAUCUCUUCCUGUACUCAAAUGCUGUGGCUCAGGAUGCUGAAAGCCAAGUUCAGAAGCCUUCCUCCUGCCCACCCGAGGAGGCUUCUGAAAGGAGACCAUCCAGAGCAACUGAUGAAGAGCUCGCAUCGGCUCCCUGCUCCCCAAAAGCACCUUUUGAGGAAGCGGGACAAAGACUGUGGAAGAACCUGAGGUCACUGCCUCAGACUAGCUGGAGGGUGAAACAGCGGCUCACCUCACACCUGCUGGGGGAUGCCAAGCACCAGCAGCAUCGCAGCCCUGUGACCCGGGCAGCCAGCUGGGAUAGCUCCAGCCCCUCGGACCCCUGUGCGGCCACCUCUCUCCAAAGCUCCGAAGAGCCCGAGGCCUGGAAAGGCAGAGGAGCCACCCUCAGGGCCUCCAGGCCUGCUAGCUGGAGGGAGGUGGUCUCAGGGGUCAGAGCCUGGCCUGGAAAGGUGGUGAGGGCCCUGUCGGCCCAGGGAAGCAGGCCAGAGCCUGUAGACUUGCUGGAAGCCCAGGACUGGCUACCGGAGGAAUACCUCCCACCACCGCCUUUUGCCCCUGGGUACUGAGAGUGCCUCCAGGAUCUUGUACAUUCGGCUCCUUUUAAGGUCUGGCCCCUGUCCGCACAACUAGGGAACUGUGCUAAAGAGGUACAGAGCUGAAUCCAGCCGAGAGAACUGGUUUAAUGGUAACAGAAUUAAUGCUGCCACUUUAAGGGCCAAGUGAGAUGGCCCAGCGAGGAAGGGGGUGAAAGGUACUUGCUUCCAAGCCAGACGACUGAGUUCCAGCCCCAGGACUCACAUGAGGAGAGGAGGACCAGCUCCAGAAAGUUGUCCUCAGACCUCUACACAACCAUAAGUAAAUAUAACUUUAAAAGACUUCAGAAGUGACUUGGUGGGCCCAGCAUGAGCCUGUCUCACCUCUUUGACCAUGUGUAUCCAUGGGCCCAACAUCUCACAUAGCCACAUUGAAUUAAAAAUAUUUUUCUGAAA